AUGACUUCCUCCAGCAGUCUCCUGUCUGAAGAUCAGUUCCUGUGUUCUGUCUGUCUGGAUGUGUUCACUGACCCUGUCUCUACCCCAUGUGGUCACAACUUCUGUAUGAUCUGUCUCAAUAAACACUGGGACAGCAGUGAACACUGCCUGUGUCCACUCUGUAAUAAAUAUUUUAAUAUGAGGCCCAGGCUCAAAAUUAAUAUAGUACUUAGAGAAGUCGUAGAUCAUAUUAAAAGGAGGAGAGAUCUUGUCAAACCUGGAGAAGUGCCCUGUGAUGUCUGUACUGGUCAGAAACUGAAGGCUGUGAAGUCCUGUCUGGACUGUGGGUUGAGUUACUGUGAAACUCACCUGGAGCCUCAUAAAAUUAAAGCAAAACUCAAAAAACACAAACUGAUAAAUCCUGUGGAGAACCUGGAGGACUAUAUAUGCCAGAAACAUGACAGACCCCUGGAGCUGUUCUGUAGAGAUGACCAGACAUGUGUGUGUCAGUUCUGUACUGAAACAGACCACAAGACUCACAACACUGUUCCUCUAGAGGAGGAGAGUGAAAAGAGGAAGUGUUUUUCUCUCCCUGUCCAGGCAGAGGUACCGCAGAUGAUCCGGGACAAACUGAAGAAGAUUAAAGAGAUCAGACACUCAGUACAGCUCAGCAGGACAAACACAGAGCGACAGAUAGCAGACAGUGUGGAGGUGUUCAGUUCUCUGAUUGGCUGUAUUGAGAGAAGUCGGGCUGAGCUGAUUGGGCUGAUGAAGGAGAAACAGAAAGCAGCAGAGAAGCAGGCUGAAGGUCUCAUUAAAGAGCUGGAGCAGGAGAUCACUGAGCUGAAGAGGAGAGACACUGAGCUGAAGCAGCUCUCCAACUUUGAAGAUCACCUCCACCUCCUACAGGUUUACCCAACACUGUGCAGCCCUCCACACACCACACACUCCACUGACAUCAGUAUUGACCCUCAUCUGUGUGUGGACACUCUGAGGAAAACUCUGGAACAGCUGGAGAAGAAAUUCCGUGAGGAAAUUAAAGACAGUGAGCUAAUCAGAAGGAGACUACAUGCAGUGGAUGUGACUCUGGAUCCUGAUACAGCAAAUCCCUAUCUCAUCCUGUCUGAUGAUGGAAGACAAGUGAAAACUGGAGGCACAAAACAGAAUCUCCCUGACAAACCAGAGAGGUUUGAUUAUUGUGUGAAUGUACUGGGAAAGGAGGGGUUCUCCUCAGGGAGAUUUUACUAUGAGGUGGAGGUCAGGGGGAAGACUGACUGGGAUUUAGGAGUGGUCAGAGAGUCCAUUAACAGGAAGGGACUGAUUAGACUGAACCCUGAAGAUGGAUACUGGACUAUCUGGCUGAGGAAUGGGAAUGAGUGUAAGGCUUGUGAAUCUUCCUCCGUCCUCCUCUCUCUGAGACAGAAGCCCCAGAAGGUGGGGGUGUUUGUGGAUUAUGAGAAGGGUCUGGUCUCCUUUUAUGAUGUGGAGGCCAGUUCUCAUAUCUACUCUUUCACUGGUCAGUCUUUCACUGAGAAACUCUAUCCAUUCUUCAGCCCUUUUCUUCAUAAAACAGGUAAAAACUCAGCUCCACUGGUCAUCACUGCUGUCAGAUAA